AGCAGACCAAGGAUGCACUUUUCGAUACCGAGCACGCAAGAGUUUGGAUCCGAUGGUAGCGGAUCAUCGUACACGGGCUUCAACAUACACAUCAAUGGCAGUUUUCACUGUUGCCUUCGAUACAAGCAGCUGCACAGCUUGCACGAACAGCUCAAGCGAUCCCUACCAUCGAUCGCACUGCCCAGCUUUCCUCCAAAGAAACUGCUCUCACUCACACCGAACCAAAUCGAGCAGAGGCGUCUCAGCCUAGAGCGUUACAUUCAGCUAGUGGGGCAGGAUCCGGUACUGUGUCGAUCGGAGCUGCUGCGUGCAUUUCUGCUGAACGCCCAGCAAGAGUCUUCGUUCACGGAAUGUAGCGAGGUAACGCUGGACGUUUACCUUAUGAAUGGGUACCGAAUAUCGGCCAACGUCUACACAACCGACUGCACCAGCAAGGUGCUGGAGAAGGCUUGCGCAUUGAUCGAUCUGCCGAAGGAUCGUGCCUGCUACUUUGCGCUCUACCUAAUGCGCAAGGAGGCUAGCGGUGAGCUGACGAUCGUGAAGCGUUUGAUGGACUUUGAAGCACCGUACAUCUCGGCGAAGCGUUGGGACGAGUGUAAGCUGGUGCUGCGCACCGGAUACUGGGAUUCGUGCUACGAUCUCGAACUGAUGCGUGAUCGAAUCGCACUCAAUCUACUGUACAUCCAGACGCUCAGCGAUGUCGAACGGGGUUGGAUACUAACUACACGUGAUCUGAGCGAGCAGCUGACCAAUAUGCAAGCACGGGGCAGCAAGAGCGAAUAUUUGGACGUCGUCCGGAAGCUGCCACUGUACGGAUGUCUUCAGUUUCCUCGCGCCACUGUCGACUUCCCGGAGCCGAACACGGUGGCGACAGUUGUGCUCGGUAACAAGGAGCUUAACCUGCUGACGUUCGUCGGGAAGGAGACACAGGAAAGCAAGUUUAAAGUUACGCGCAUUCGGUGCUGGCGUGUCACACCAAUUCAUAUUGUAAGUAGUGGUUCGCAAAGGUGCAAAAUCUUGGCAUGAGGUUUUGAAUUAAACAUGUUUUUGCGUUUCAUUUUUGCAAAGAAUGAAGAUCAGCAACAAUCAUCCCAACCGGCACCGUCCCAGUCGUCCACAAUCAGCUUGGAGCUUUCGUUCGAGUAUUUGAUGGCGAAGAACCAGCUCAAGUGGAUCACAAUCUACAGCGAACAGUCGAUGCUUAUGUCCGUGUGCCUUCAGUCGAUCGUCGACGAGCUGCUCAAUCAGAAGAAUGGUUCCGAUCCCGCACACUUGCAGAACCCGCAGCAUGUGGAAUAUGCGCCACUCUCCUACAUUCGACGGGAUGGAUCGAACCAUUGCAUUACCGAUUCUAGUUCAACCGAUACUCUCUGCAACCUAGUAAAUAACGAUAGUAGUAGCAACAACGGAACAUCGAACCAAGUGACGCAACUCUCCACCACCAACAACGGGUCUUCCUUUAUCCGGCGCAAGCUGAAGGAGUUCAACACGACGGUACGGUUCAAAAAUGGCAAAGAUUCCGUACAGAACGAAGCAUUCGAAUGGAUCGGUGACGAUGAUCUUUAGAAGCGCUGCGUAACGUAAC